UUCAAUCAAACUUUUCAUUCAGACGUCGGUGAAUACUUUGGCACAGGGGCAUUAUAAGUCCUUAUAUAUAUGAUUCAAUACGACCGCUCGUGAAUAUGGAUAAAAAGCGAUAUUUUCUGGACACCUUUUGCUAAAUCCAAAGAAGCGUGCCAAACCUGUUGUCUCUUAUACUCGGCACGACCGCCGACCACUCUCAGGUCAGAACAGGCAGCGGGCCCCCCACACAGGACGCGACCACAGGGCCGCACCCCCCGAUACAGUCUGAAGAAAACUUGCUGUCAGUUGCUUAUGGAAUCACUGCGGAAAUUUGAAUAAUUCUAUACGGACUGCGGAACCAUUUUUUCUUCUUCUAAUGGAAAGUGAUUUAAAUAAUUAACAGUUGGACUAUAAAAAAUAGCUGCAGAAAUUCCUUGGUUGUGAAAUGUGACGACUGUACUAUUGUUUUAAUGGCGCGCCUCUCCGAUCCUGGACGAGUUUUACAUAAAGAUGGCUAAGACAGAUUUUCUAGUUGUUGAAUUCAAGUGGAUUAUAUUAUUGUUCCUGUUUGUUGAAGUUUCAGGAAGAAAUCGAUACAAAAAGUAUAUCGAGCCCAGCUUUGUACAAGAGCCCAAUAACAUCACAGUAUACAAAGGCCAAACGGCAGUUCUGAAGUGUACCGUGGAGAAUCUCGGACCCAAAACGGUUGUUUGGAGAAGAAUGUCACCCAAUAUCUUUCUGACAAUCGGGGAGAAAAUGUACGCGGAGAUAGAAGAAAUGAGUGUAGAUGUUACCAGAUUACCAAAAUAUGACCGAGUUCAAACUGAUUUGAUAAUCAAACACGCCCAGCCCUCACAUUCUGGUUUAUAUGAAUGUCAAAUUAGCUCUACUAAGAUCUAUAAUUACAUCGUGCAGUUAAAUGUCCUAGAUACUCGACCUGUAUUCGAACCUGCCUUGACAAUAAAUGGCACAGUAUAUGUAAGCAAAUAUUCCAACAUUAACCUCACAUGUAACGCCACGGGGUCACUGAGAGCACCAGAGGACAUCGACUGGUUCCACAACGGUCUAAAGAUCCGGCAGAACGACCCUCAGUGGCGCCACCGGACCUACAUCUACAAGUACCAGCAGGAGGUGCCCGGGCGGUCGCUGGUCAGCAUCCUGACGGUGGAGCGGAGCGAGGAGCGGGACGCCGGCACCUACAUCUGUCGGAGCUCGGACAAAGACACCCAGAGCAUCACAGUGCACGUCCUCAAUGGUGUGACAGCCGACAAAGGAAUCCAGAAGAGAGAGCAUGGUUCAGAGUUAGGUCCUAAGUCUGACCACCAAGCAUCUAGGAACUCAAGUCCUUCGUCUCAUGUUCUGGACUUUGUCUUAUAUCUGGCGACGAUCGCGUUUGUUAUUGUCAAUAGGUGACAAAAAUGAAUUACUGAUAAUACAUAUCGGGAUUGUGCCUUAACAUCGCCCUAUGAUGAUAUUUGCAUUAUGGAGACACACCGUGUACGAGUGUGUACAAAGCUAGUCAAUUUUAGACACUUUGUUGGCAAUUUGGCCCCAGUGCGCAUACAGUGGACGCAUUCUCUCUAGCAGACCAACUGGUGUGAUUUGUGGCUGCUACAGAGAGGUCCUGAGGCGACCAACAGCAAACCUCGGUUUGGAAGCCGCUAUAGUUUUUCCACACCUCAGUUUAUGGAUAACGUUUUGUUUUCAGCGCUUUAUUUUGAUAAAGCUUCCAUGACAGGGAAAUACAGAGUAGUAUUACUAGUAUUUCCUAUGCAUUAUUGUUUUGCAGCUCAAUUCAUCAUGUUCAUUCAAGUUUCGAAGAACUGAUAUUUGCAAUGGGCAAUAAGCAUUGGGAAGGAAGACUGUUGUCUAUAGGUUUCACUUGCAUCUGGUCCUUUUGUAAAUCGCAUUUGUUAACAUUCCACGUCUUUCUCACUAUGUUUUAUUACAUUUGACGGAACAAAAACUACAUCGCUGUCUGUGAUUCAUAUUCAUCAUCCUGUCUUUACAUUUGUAUAUUUUCAUCAGUUCCAUAAUUAUUAUGGUUUUGUUUCAUCAAAAAUUAAAUGUUAUUUAUUUCCUAAUCAAA